UUCGCGUUAUCGUUAAGAUGAUCGUCGAAUUUCGUCGGUCGAAACGGACCUGUUUUAUAAUAUUAAUUCAUUCCAGUGCCCCAGUUGCGACGUUUCAAUAGUACGACGAUUAAUAUAUUAUACAGACGAAUACAAUUAUUAUUGUUUAUUUUUACAUGCGUUAUUACUUAUUCGCGACGGCAUCAGUACAGCACUGCGCUCGGACCAUGGUUCAGUCGUAGCAGACGUUUUGACCGAAAAAUAUUAAUAUUUAUUCUAAUCGCAUCGAUUACGCUCGAGGAACAUUAUUGGUUUCAACGCAUUUUUUUUCUGUUGACUGUUUAAAGUCGUAUUAAUUUGGUGAUUUUUUUUUUUCGUAUUUAUCUAAAUUUUUUUUUUUUUUUAUCAAAUCGAAGACCACCGAGAUGGGAGGUCAACCAACUAAAAUAACUCCCUGUCCCUGCACGUGCAAACAUAAAUGUCCGGCAGCAACGGAACUGCAAAACGGGAAAAAAUCCGAGGACAACCGUCUCGGAAGUUUUAUAAAAAUUUUCAAGCCCUCGGCUCGUUCGUCUGACGAAACCUCGUUAAACGGUUGCGCACUGCACCGUGCCGAAGUGCGUGCAACUCCGGGUAGUAAUGGAUGUAGCGUAGUUGAGAUUUUCGCGGACGCAGCGAACGAGUGCGCAUUGUGCAACCACGAACGGUCCCCCGCCGAGACGACUCUGCAUCAGGAUAGAGCUAUGGAUGUCAAACCACCUAAUAAUCAUCAAGUACGUGUUCUAACGUUAGAAGACGGUUACUUUCAAGAUAAUACUUUGUAUCGUCUAAAAAAAGGGUGGUACUUAGAGUUUCGAGUGGGACCAUCACUUUUUGGAAAUGACAUUGAUCUAUAUACUAAUAUACCGUUAGAAGGGUGUAAGUUUGAUAGAAAAACUUAUUGUCGUCUGGAUUGGAUUAGAGAAUGGUCUAGUGAUGAUAUAACUAAUGAUGAUUCUUCACUAUCAUGUCUUCUUCAGAUGAAUGAAGCUGGUUCCUUUCAUUAUUACUAUGAAUUUAAAGGACAAAAGAAAGGAAGUGGUUAUAUAUGUGUUGAUCCAAAUUUGGUAGCUGAAGGUAAAGAAAUUCCACUGGAAUCUUUGCAAACUGUUUCUGUUUUGGCAAAAUGUUUGGGACCGUUGUCUUCGUGGAAAUCAAAGUUGCGCGUUGCAAAAGAAUCUGGAUACAACAUGAUUCAUUUUACACCUAUUCAAGAACUUGGAGGUUCAAGAUCAUCAUACAGUUUGCAAAAUCAAUUGGCUUUGAAUCCAUCUUUCAAUGAUAAUAAACAUGUAGUUACAUUUGAUGAUAUUAGGACUUUGACCGAAGAAAUUGAAAAAGAAUGGAAUGUAUUGAGUUUAUGUGAUAUAGUUUUAAAUCAUACAGCCAAUGAGAGUCCCUGGCUAAUGAAACAUCCUGAAAGCACAUAUAAUUUAGUUAAUUGUCCAUAUUUAAGACCAGCAUACUUAUUAGAUUAUAUUUUGUAUAAUUUUACUGUUGAAGUUUCUAAAGGUAUGUGGGAAUACUCUGGAGUACCUGUCAUCGUGGAUAAUGAAGAACAUCUUGGGUCAAUAAGACAUGCAUUAUUAACAGUUUUAUUACCAAGGGCAAAAAUCCAUGAACUGUUUCAAUUAGAUGUUGACAAAAUUGUAAAUGAAUUUCAAAAUAGAGUUCGUACUGGCCCUCCUCCAUUAGCUAAUAAAUCAGAAAUUAAUGAAGAAAUAACACUUAUACCGGACCAAGAGUACCGCCGUUUAGGAGCUACAAUUGAUAUGAAUAAAGCAUUGAAAAUAUACAACAUUUAUAGAAGUGAUUGUUUUGAUGAAGAUACUAGACUUCAACGCUGUAGUUUUGAAUUAAAACUUAAAUUAGAAACUUUGAACAAAACAGUAUUUGAUGAAAUUCAAGGGCAUUUGGUGGCUGCAAUAGACAAUUGUAUUGCUGGAAUUAGAUAUUUUAGAGUCCAACCAGAUGGUCCUAAGCUAACCAGUGUUUCCAUCACUAAUCCUCUAGUACCAAGAUAUUUUAAAGACUAUGAGGGUCACAGUGCUGAUGAGGUAUUAUAUUCUCCCAAUGGACAAUAUGUAAUGGCUCAUAAUGGAUGGGUGAUGGGUGGUGAUCCACUUAAAAAUUUUGCUGGGCCUGACUCCAAUACUUAUUUACGCAGAGAAUUAAUUGCUUGGGGAGAUAGUGUCAAAUUGAGAUAUGGUGAUGAACCCAAAGAUUGCCCUUUUCUUUGGAAUCAUAUGCGACGUUAUGUGGAACAAACUGUUACAAUGUUUCAUGGUGUCAGAUUAGAUAAUUGCCACUCAACACCAUUACAUGUAGCUGAAUAUUUGCUUGAUGCUGCUCGAAAAAUUAGACCAGAUUUGUAUGUUGUUGCCGAAUUAUUUACAAAUUCAGAUGCCACUGACAAUAUAUUUGUUAAUAGACUAGGAAUUACAUCACUUAUUCGAGAAGCUAUGUCUGCUUGGGACUCACAUGAACUAGGACGUUUGGUUUACCGUUAUGGCGGAGACCCUGUGGGUGCAUUUAUCAAACCACUAGAACAACCUUUACGUCCUACAAUAGCACAUGCUCUUUUCAUGGAUCAAACUCACGAUAAUCCAUCUUCGAUUGAAAAACGUUCAGUAUAUGAUUUACUUCCAAGUGCAGCUUUAGUUUCAAUAGCAUGUUGUGCAAGUGGAAGUAAUAUGGGCUAUGAUAUAUUAGUUCCACAUCAUAUUCAUGUAGUUGAUGAAGAAAGGCAAUAUAUGAAUUGGUCAGAUGAGGAAAUCAAUAUUGAAACAGGAAUAGUAGCAGGUAAAAAAGCAUUGAAUGAGCUGCAUUAUGAUCUCGGAAAACGUGGAUUUGAUCAAGUGUAUGUAGAUCAAAUUGAUUCUGAUAUUGUUUGUGUUACACGUCAUAAUGGCAAAACACAUGAUAAAGUUGUACUUAUGUCUUACACUUCCUUUUCAACACCAUCCAACAAAAAUGGAUUAGGAAAAGGCAUUACUGUUAAUGGAAAAAUAGAAGAAAUACUUAUUGAAGCUUCAUUGGAACUCAAGUUAAAAGGCAUCGAAAAAGAAUUUGUUAAAGAUGUAAAUAAGAUCAAUGGGCUUAAAAAUUUUAAAUUAAAUUUAAAGCAAAAUAUUAGUCCUAAAGAAUGUGCUAUGUUAGAAAUAAUACCUUCAGAUGAUAAAUCUAUAAGAUUAAAUUUCACUUCAAAUUUUAAGCCGGGUUGUGUAGUAGCAGUCAGCAUUUCAGCAAUAGAAAAAACAAAAUUAGCUGUUAACCAUUUACUAGCCGAUAUUAAUUUAGUACAAGCAGUGAGUCGUUUAACCUUAAUGGACAUGAAUCAUAUUUUGUUUAGAUGUGCUGAAGAAGAUGAAGGAAAGGUGUAUGAUGUACCAGGAUAUGGUAAACUGGUGUAUUGCGGGCUACAAGGAUUCAUGUCAGUUUUAGAUAAUAUUGUUUUAAAUAAUGAUCUUGGCCAUCCUUUAUGUUCCAAUCUUCGUAAUGGUUUUUGGAUUUUGGAUUAUAUAGUUGGACGUUUAAAAUGUAAAGAAUUUGAAAAUAGCUCAUUAUAUCAAUUUGGAGACUUUUUAGAACGAUACUUGCAACCCAUAAGAAAUUUGCCAUCAUAUUUGGUUCCAUCAUUUUUUGAAUUUUCCCUCAGAAAAAUAUAUAAUGCUUUAUUGAAUCGAACAUGGUCAUUGAUGCCUGGAGAUAUCAAAAAUGGUUCUACAUUUUGUAAGAGUUUAGCUCUUGCUUCAAUACAAUUUGCAGGAAUAGUAAAGUCUAGUCCACUUCCAACUUUAUCGCCAAAUCUUUUAGCACCUUUACUCAGAACACAAAUUGGACUCAAUGGCAAAAAUAUACCAGAAUGUGUAUCACUUGCAGCUGGAUUGCCUCAUUUUUCUAGUGGCUACAUGCGGAAUUGGGGCAGAGACACCUUUAUUUCUUUGAGAGGAUUACUGUUGCUAGUUGGAAGAUAUGAAGAUGCCAAAUUCAUCAUUUUAGCUUUUGGAGGUUGUUUAAGACAUGGUCUUAUACCUAAUUUGUUAGAUGGAGGCCAAAACCCCCGAUAUAAUUGCCGUGACGCUGUAUGGUGGUGGUUGUAUAUAAUUCAGCAGUAUGUUGUAAUGGUUCCUGGAGGCAUAAGUAUUUUGGAUGAUCCAGUUAAUAGAAUUUUUCCAACUGAUGAUUCUAAACCAACAUCAGUGGAACAACCACUGUAUGAAGUUAUUCAAGAAGUUAUGUCAAUACAUUUUCAAGGUCUAUGCUUCCGUGAGCGUAAUGCUGGAAUUGCAAUUGACGCACACAUGAAAAGUCCAGGCUUUGACAAUCAAAUUGGAGUGCAACCUUUAACAGGCUUUGUUUUUGGUGGUAAUGAAUGGAAUUGUGGUACAUGGAUGGAUAAAAUGGGCUCUUCAGAUAAAGCUGGUAACAGAGGACGACCAGCUACUCCUCGUGAUGGAUCAGCUAUAGAGUUGGUUGCAUUAUCAAAAUCAGUUAUUGGAUGGUUAGCUAAAUUGAAUAAAACUAAUCAGUUUAAGUAUUCAGGGGUCAAGCGUAAUAAUAAAGACGGAUCUGUAACUGAAUGGACAUAUGAAGAAUGGAACAAAAAGAUUCAAACAAAUUUUGAAGCUUACUUUUGGAUACCAGUGGACAAAAGUUCUCGUAACCAAAUUGAACCUCACCCAGAACUUAUUUAUCGCAGAGGUAUUUAUAAGGAUACAGUUGGUGCUACAAAUAAAUGGGGAGACUAUCAACUGCGAUGCAAUUAUCCUGUAGCAAUGGUAGUGGCUCCAGAGUUAUUUAGCCCAGAUAACGCUAGAAUAGCAUUACAAACCGUGUCUGAUGUACUUCUUGGGCCACUUGGUAUGAAAACACUUGAUCCAUGUGAUUGGGCAUAUGAUGGCUUUUACAAUAACGAUAAUGAUACUACAGAUUCAAAAGUAGCCAAUGGAUUCAAUUAUCACCAAGGACCAGAAUGGUUAUGGCCUGUAGGUUUCUUUUUAAGGGCUAAAUUAAUAUUUUCUUCAAAUAAAAAAGAAACUUCAUCGGAAAUCCAAGGUAUUUUAUCUAAACAUUACGAGCAUAUUAAAACAUCUAUUUGGAGAGGUUUACCUGAAUUAACUAAUAAAGAUGGAGCAUUUUGUGCUGGAUCGUGUCCUACUCAAGCCUGGAGUGUUGCUUCUAUUCUUGAGGCACUGCUGGCCAUUACGAAUUUAAAUCAAAACUAAAAUUAAUUCACAAAUGUGUAAUUAUUUAUUAUUUGUAUACUAUUAUCACAGUGAAAAUUAUUAUGGAAGUUAAAUAUGAAUAUAUCGACUGGAAACCAGGGACUGAUAGAAAUACUUUUUUUGCCAAAUAUUUGUUUUAAAAACUAAAUUGUUAAUUUUAUGGAGUAGAUUUAUUUAUGAUACUGUUGAAUUAUUAAGAAAUUUAUGAUUUUUUUUUUCUGUUUUUAUUAUAGCAUAACAUUAAAUGUAUUUAGCACAAGUUGAAUAAUAAUAAUUAUAAUUUUAAAAAUUUGAUACCACCUGUAUUUGAAGAUUAAAAUUAUUUGAAUGUCUGUUUUAAUGAUACAAUUUUCACUGCUAUAUUAACAUGUAUUUUUUAUAUUUAUUAGCUUCAACUACUUAAUACACUUUUCAGUUGUAUGAAAUAAAAAUUAUUGUACAAUUUUUAUUUCAUACAUCUGAUAUAUGUCAUGAGUAAAAUAUUUGUUGUUAUAAUAAUAAUUAUCAUAACAGUUAUAGAACUUGUAAUAAUUAUGAUUAUAGUAACUAUAAAAUACUAAUUUUGAAAUAAAGUCUAAUAUUUUGAUCUACGUUAUCUAUCAUAAA